ACAGGGAUGCUCGAAGACACGGCAAGCGGGCGGGGGAGUAGCCCGGCCGCGUGUUCCUGUAGUGGCCAUACGUAUGAAAGAACAACGAAGUUUCGGCGUGCGCAAUAGUCAACAUGUCCUCCCUCAGAAAAAGCAACGAAAGGGUGGAGCGGGGUGGAUCAUCGUGACAGGGCAUUUCUUUGGAGCUCCGGUCCAGUCCAGGUUUUAGGUUUGCCCUUGUGUGUGGGAGCAAUGGCAUCAGCCUGGGGGCCCGUAGGCGACGUUGCCAGUGUCACGCAGCUUGUGGGAGUCGAUGCUGUCAGCCUAAUCAGAAUGAUUAUAAAGGUCGCCUCGGAUGCACGAAUGCACAGGAAAAAUUGCCGGCAAUUUGCACAUCAGCUGAAGCUGGUCGGCAACCUUUUGGAGCAGCUGAGGAUCUCGGAACUCAGAAAGCAUCGAAGUACGAGAGAGCCAUUGGAGCUGCUGGAGGAUGCACUGAGGAGGUCUUACAUUCUUGUAAACAGCUGCCAGGAUCGGAGCUAUCUGUAUCUUCUGGUCAUGGGAUGGGACAUUGCGAAACAGUUAGGGAGUGCACAGGCUGAGAUUGCUCGAUACUUGGACCUUAUCCCACUCAUCACUCUCGUGGAUAUCCAGAGAGUUAAGGAAAGAAAAGAGAAUAUUAGAGGAGACCAACAUGAAUAUCCUUUGGAUGGAGUGGAGAAGAACGUGCAAGAUCCUUUAUCUAAUCCAGGAAGGUUGAUUGCAGAGACAGAGAAUAACACCAAAAUUACAAACAGCAAUAAACAUGGGCUUGGAAUCAAUGAUGUGUUUUGUCGGAUCUUCAAGUUCAAGGAAUUGCAGAGUGCCACAAUGAACUUCAGUGAUGAGAACCUUCUUGGACAAGGAGGUUUUGGGGUUGUCUACAAAGGUUGGAUCAGCGCUAUUUCUUUAAAUGCAGCAACUAGUGGACGUGGAUUUCUUAAAAAAGGAAAAGAAGCAAAUAGUGGGCUUGGGACAGCCAUUGCUGUUAAAAGACUUAGCCGAUUCAGUAGACAAGGGUUGCCGGAAGCUUUGACUGAGGUGCAAUUUCUAGGAAAACUGUCGCAUCCUAAUGUGAUAAAGUUGUUUGGAUAUUGCUCAAAGGAGAAGAAGAAAAAAAUCCUUCUUGUCUAUGAGUUCAUGAAUAAUGGGAUCUUGGCUGCACACCUGUUUCAAAAUUCACAGCCACUUUCAUGGGAUCUAAGGAUAAAAAUAGCAGUUGGUGCUGCUAGAGGCCUUGCUUUUUUACACGCAUCAUUCAUCAUUCAUCGAGAUGUGAAGAGCAGCAACAUUCUUCUUGACUCGAAUUUCAACCCAAAGCUGUCGGACUUUGGGCUUGCAAUGGAUGGCCCGACUGCCAGAGACUCCAAUGUCGAAGCAGACCUCUGUGGCACCUUUGGAUAUCUGGCUCCUGAGUACUUUGAGUCAGGCGUUGUGAAUCAUAAGAUUGAUGUAUUUGGAUUUGGAGUCGUGUUACUGGAAAUGCUCUCCGGUAAGAGGGCAUCUGAUAUAAUACUAGCAAGCGAAGAGAACAGCCAAACAAGUCAACCAAGCGAAGAGAACAGUCAAACAAGUCAACCAAGCGAAGAGACAUUAGAAUAUGUACACCAACCCACUGGACAGAGCUUCCAAGAAAUAUUUAUCAGUUCGUGUCUCACGGAUUAUACAAAGCUGCAUAGAAUAAUGGACCCGAGUCUCAAUGGCCAAUAUCCAUUAAGAGCUGCUUUUCUUGUAGCCCAGCUCGCUCGAAGUUGUGUUGGUGCUGAUCCUACCGGACGUCCAUCCAUGGAAGAAGCUGUGAAGACCCUUGAGCAGAUUCAAACUAUGGGCAUGUCUCCAACUAGUUUGGGUCCUACAAAUGUUUCUGAUCCUUGUCCCUUCCUGCAUGAUAUCCACUUCUCAGAUUCUAGGGUGAUGGUACAUGGGCCUGCGCCUUUCGAUGCGGAUGUAGAGUUAUCCUUCUCCAAUUGCAAGUGACCAUGUUACCAUUGAAGUUGUGGAAGACAGUCCCUGUGAAUUACCGGUAAUUAAUGUAUCAGGCCUUUUAUAUGGUAAUGCAAUCUAUCAUGCAUCCCUACGCGAAGAUAAGCAUGUAACAUCAUCUUGUUUUGUGAGAUCUUAGUUCAGAUUGUUAAAAAAAAAAAGGAAGAGGGACUGCGUUGUGUCAUGUUCAUGUUGACAUCAAAAUUCUUGUUUCCCACUUCCCCACCAUCUGCAUCUGCUGUAGUUAUGUAUUCUCCUGAAUUAUCUGUAAAUAUACAGAUUGAUUAUUGAGAAUAAAUUGAAUUCGAUGAGGUUUA